GCAUUUAUGUGUGUAUUUGUAUACAGCAUUGCUACGUUGGCAUUUUAGCCUCUUAUAAUACUAGUGUUUACUAAUUUUUGGCAGGUCUGUAGGAGUCCAUUUUGAGCUUAAAAAUGCCGGAGCCAAUACAACAAGAAUCAACUUCUCAAACGGCUAAUUACCAUCGUCCUAUAUGACGUUCCUCUCGCAGUUGCUCCCAUCUUACUCCCCUCUAUGGGGAUCCAGAUCAGCGGCUGGUUGUACUUCAAAAAUUAUUGGAAUUAGUGGCAGGUCAUGAACCAAAAGACCUGGAAGAUUGACGCUGUUUAUUUCAUUUGAAAUGGAAGUUAAAGAUGCAGAGAGGAUGGUUAUAGCCAAACCAAUUCCUUCAAGACCUUGUUCCAGUUUUAGCUCCUUCUCAGAGCUCCUUGCAGGCGCCAUUAAUGCCUCGCCUCCUUCAUAUUCUGAAACAGUAGUUGCCGCUAUCAGACCCAAGACAGUGAGGUUCAAACCAGUGGCAAAUCGUGCUUUGGGCAGUGGGGUGGCUUCAUCUCAGGGAGAGGUAUCUGAAGCAGCAGGUCGUGAUUCAUGUAACAAGGCUUCAGAACAAAGCAGCAAACCUGCUGUGGUAUACAAACCUUUGGCAAAGGUUGUAUCAAGGACAACUGCUUCUCUCUUGGCAAAUCAGGGAAACUUUGAUAUCAUUCAUCAGAAAGCACUAGCACUGGGGCAGGCACAGUUUCAACAUGAAGACCAAGCAAAACACAAUUUGGUAACCAAUUUGCCUUCAAAUCCUAGUCAGAAAUUACAAUCACAAGUGGAAAUAAGUCACGCAAGUGAGUCAAAGAUGACAUCGCAGAACCUGGAAGAUAAUCAAAAGGGUAUUGUACCCACUGCUAGUGGGGAUCGACCUUCUUAUGAUGGAUAUAACUGGAGAAAGUAUGGUCAGAAGCAAGUCAAAGGAAGUGAAUACCCUAGAAGUUACUAUAAAUGCACACACCCAAAUUGCCCUGUGAAAAAGAAGGUUGAGCGAUCAUUUGAUGGGCAGAUAGCAGAAAUUGUCUACAAGGGUGAGCACAAUCAUUCAAAGCCUCAGCCUCCUAAACGGCCGUCAUUAGGAACACAAGAACACGGGUUUGUAUCUGAUGGGACUGGCCAAGAUACCAGCAAUCCCUUAUGGAGUAACACACUCAAUGAGCUUAAUGAAGGAUCUGAAGGUCAUAUAGAGAAUCAGAAUGAAGUUGGCCUGUCGGUAUAUCCUACUUAUCCAGAAAAAGGUCUAAAUUCUUAUGAUCCUGCUGCAACAGAUGCAUUUAAUAGUGGUAUUGGGACUCCUGAUAAUUCCUGUGGCCUUAGUGGGGACAUUGAAGACAGAACCAGGGGAGUUGAUGCAGAUGACACUGAACCUAAGUCUAAGCGGAGGAAAAAUGAGCAUCAAUCUGAUGACCAGUCUGUACUAGGCGAAAGUGUAAGAGAACCUCGGGUUGUUGUGCAAAAUUCCACGGACUCUGAGAUUAUUGGUGAUGGCUUUCGUUGGCGAAAAUAUGGGCAAAAAGUUGUGAAGGGAAAUCCGUACCCCAGAAGUUACUACCGAUGUACUAGUCUCAAAUGCAAUGUGCGCAAGCACGUGGAGAGGGCAUUGGAUGAUCCUACAGCUUUCAUCACAAAAUAUGAAGGAAAGCAUAACCAUGAUAUGCCCGUCACUAGGAACCUGAAUCCAGUGGGCUCUGACCCAGAUUCACUAGCUCCUGCUAACAAAUCCCAGAGGAAAUAAUUUAGCAAUUGGCUAUUGAACUGACAAACAAAGUCAGGAAAAGUUACAGAACACCAGAAGAAUAAGAUUUUCUGUCCACUGUUGGUUACAACCAACCACAUGGGGCCUUGGUCAAGCUAUUAGAUGUCCAUGUUUUAGUUCAAUCUCAUAGACUUUUUUCCCUGUAAAGGUUUUUCCAUGAAAGUGGUUUUGUCUGUGGAUAUAGAUCUGUCUAAUGGGUGGAGUGGCUUGUCCAGAGUUCUCUUUUUCCAGUUCCUGUUUAGCUUCUAGUGAAUUUUCUUAUUUAAUUUUGCCACUUCCUGUAUUACCUUACAUACCUUCCUUUAAGCAUCUUCAAUAUAUACAAGUUUUAAGUU